AUGUCGGCCUCUUAUAAACCAUCACCGCUCUCGUUCGGGUCACCUAGAGCUUCACCAUUUCGAAGACCUGAAUCCCAAUCUCAAUCCCCUACUCCAGUUUCCCUUUCUCCUUUAAGACAAUCAACUCCAAAUCCAAAUCCUGCAGCUGUCAAGAACAUGGUGACGCCAAGUAGACUUGGUAAUUCGGUUACACCCAAUUCAUCGGAUGGAAUAACUACAAGCAAAUGGACUCCAAGAGGUAUUCCUCCUGCCUUUCGUGAAGCGGAACCUUCACCUACAAAAGGCGCACAAUUGAGUCCGGGAUUCGGUGGUCCAUUGAGAGCGGCGAGUUCGAACUAUUCUAAUGAUAACGAUAAUGCGCUGUCGAAAUUAUCCAACGCGCAAGUCAGAGAAAUGAGGGAAGGAUUUCAGAUAUUGGAUAGAGAUAGCGAUGGGCAAGUUGGUAGAGAAGAUGUCGCUGACAUGUUGACUCAAUUGGGUCUUUCCUCUAAUGCUUCAGAAUUAGCUGGCUACUUUCCACCAUCAACUCCACAGACCAUCACACUUCCUACAUUUCUCAAUUCGCUCGCUACACAGCUAUGUACUCUUUCGCCAACUCCAGAAUUAUUAGAUGCAUUCUCUGCAUUCGACGAAGAUGAUAGUGGACAAGUCGAUUAUGCGGAAUUACGAGAUGCUUUAAUACACACAGCACCGGAUCCAGGUGUGAAACCCUUGACGGAACGGGAAGUCGAUAGAGUUAUGGGUGGAUUCACAGCACGUAAAGCGUUAUCAAAACACACAGGAGCAAUGAGUGGAAGUAGACGGCAGGAUGUAUUCAAAUAUCAGGAGUUUGUUUCUAGUGUGGCUGGAGGAUCUGGGACGGAUGGAAAAGGAGAAAAGGUUAAUGAUGAUGGUGAUGAGUAA